AUGAGCCAAGGCAUAAGCAAAAGCAUAACUGGGAUAAGCAAAAGGAUUAGACAACCUUUAGUAUGGGUUGAUUGUGAAAUGACAGGGUUGGAUCAUUUGAAAGACCGAAUCAUGGAGAUUUGUUGUGUAAUUACAGAUGGAUGUAGUUUGAAACCUCUUGCUAUCCAUGAGACUACACUAAAGAUGAGCACCAAAGAGAUUGAUGGGAUGGGUGAGUGGUGUUUAAGACAGCACGGUGCCAGCGGGCUUACCCAUCGGUGUCUUGAGUCUACUAUUACAUUGGAACAAGGUCAGAGAGAAUUGACCGAAUUUAUUCGGAGAUGGAUUCCUCAAAAAAAGAUGGGUGUAUUGAGUGGGAACUCAGUGCAUAUGGACCGGUUAUUCUUAUUGAGAGAAUAUCCUGCGUUCAUAAACCAUUUACAUUAUAGGAUAGUGGACGUGAGUUCGAUCUUUGAAGUAUGUCGCCGCAGUAAUCCGAAAUUGCUAAGUCAAAUGCCUGAGAAAGUUAAGGCACAUACAGCCAGAUCGGAUAUUUUGGAGAGUAUUUUACAAUUGCAAUGGUUUGAAAAGGCAUAUUUGCAAGUGGAUCCAGAGUUUCAAAAAGAACAGGAGCAAGUGAAUAUUAGAGACGAACUGGAAAAAGUUUAUCAAGAGGCAACUUUGAUUAAUCCGUUCACCAGGAGCUCGAUUGCAAAAACCGAAGAGGCAUGA